AAAACAACAGCUACAACAACCCAUCUGAAGCUUUUUACUGAUGAGCGAGCGAUAUUCUUAAGUGCAUAUGAAGGGUGACGUAUGUGGGUCAGAUCAUAUCAAAUGUCAUGGGAACCAGUUGACAAUAUCAAAUUCAAUUGCGCCUGCGGCCUCAGAUGGCAAGCGAGUCUAUUUAUGAACACAAAUGUUCGUUUCAGCAAAGGAAAAGGAGAAAAGUUGCACUCGUCUUUUUCUUUUCUUUUCUUCUCUUUUUUCUAACUUUCCAUAGAAUCCAAUUUCGCAACGUUUUGCUUAUCAGCGUGCGGCUCCACUCGUGUGCUUCUUGUUGGCGGACCCGCAGCACACUUGAAAAUAAAUCAAACAUCAUCUGCAUUGGAAACUCUGAAAUGAUGCUUUCAAUGCUCCGCGAUAGCGCGCAAGUUUUUGACAGCCGAAAGCUCCCCAUGCAGCAGAAAUCAAACAAGAACAACAACAACAACAAGAACAACAACAAGCAUGCGAGGUUGCGCUCCAACGCGGCCGCAGACGGCAAACAUAAAUGCGAGCAGUUGCAGAAAUUCAAAAAUGCAAACAAAAAAAGCCACUUUACCGUUUGAAAGGCGAGCGGAGCACACGCGAGCUGCUCGAGUGGGCGGAGCCUAAAACCAUAUCAGCAGCGAAGGCCUUUUUGAUCUUUCAACUUUCUUUUUUUGGAAAUCUCCGUAGAGCCAACACGGCGAGAACGCCUCACUUGUGUCUACACGCUACAGCCAUGGGGAAGCUCCAACUUUUGGUCUGCAUUUAUCUUUCGGCUCUGGUGACGUCACAAGCCAUUAACGUAAAGUGCCGGGAAAAUGAUGAUUUCCCCCCGAGAAGUAAUUGGAGUCCUUCGCUGCUGGCAGACCUGAAGCUUGAUCUUGUUAAAGUGGCGGGAAAAGACAUGAUGAACGUAAGCUGGGCCAUCAACGUUGACGCGAGCGUUAAAUAUCUGAUUGGCACACGCAUCUGUGGGGCAGCCAUCCACCUCUGCGAGUACAUUCCGCCUUUGGCUGAGUCCAACCUCACUGGGAUACGUCAGUUAUGGUUUCAUUACUUAGUGAAGGAAAGCUACGGAACCUUGAUCCUUGUGAGCAACCUUCCUUUGCCGCCGCUCGGGAGCGACCUUUCGUACAAGUUCAGGAAAAUCGUCAAAACAUCGACUCGGCCCACACAGAGUCUCGCAGCGAAGCCGACUGAUUUUCCAACAGCUAAGAUCACUGAUAUCACGACAGCGAAUCCCCUUACAGAUCCUAAAGACGCCUUCAGCCGCUUAUUGGUGAAGGUUUAUUUAGGACUGGCUGCUGCGAUGAUCUUAACUUCCGGAUACAUUAUCUAUAAAAGGUGUGGGACAAACUCGUCCUCAUCAGCGGGGUUUAAAAGCUUAGCGACCUCAGCCGAGGUUCCCGUCCGUGUCCUCUUGGUGUACCCCCCUGAGAACGGAGCCUUCCAGAAGGCCGCGAUGGCCUUGGCAGAAUUCCUGCAGAGCCACGCGGGAUGCAGUGUUGCCAUCGACGUGUGGCAGCAGAACAGAAUUGCGCACGUCGGUCCGAUGCGCUGGCUGGCCGAACAAGUCGAAGCUGCGCGGCGCGUCCUCGUCGUCUGCCCGCCGUCCUGUCACCCUCCUCCCAUCACCGUCUCCGCCUCCACGGGGGGGACCUCCAUACCAGCUGCAGCUCACGACCUUUACCCUCUGAUCCUCAACAUGGUGGCGAGUCACGCUAAGAGUGCUCGCGAGCUUGCUAAGUUCUGGGUGUUGCAGCUUGGCGAGCAGCAAGAUAAAAGGUCCAAUAACCUGGCUCCAGAACUGAGGGCCUGCGAGCUGUUUUGUUUGAUGAAAGAUCUCAGAAAACUGUGCCAGACACUUCACACUCACGAACAAAAUGCUAAAACGAGGUCAACUCCUGUCUUCGGAGCGGGAAUAAUCGACGAUAGAACGAGCGUGUUGAAGUUAAGAGACUCUGUGGAGAAACUAAGUGGAUGUUGUUUACUGAUUUCCAGAGAAGCUGCAGCGGUCAAUUCUGUCGUCAUCUCUGUUUGAACAUUUUCAAUAAAAUGUAUGGACUAACA